AUGCUCCAGAAACCACUCUCCAGGGCCGACUCUAAAGUCCUGGCGCAAGUCUUCGAUCCAGAGAGCACACCCGGGAGAGCAGAAGUUCUGAUCGAUCCAAGUCUUCCAGCUGACCGUCACAUUCUCGACAUUGAUCUGCUGAACCACCUGAAAGCGCGCGAGAGGGAAGCCAUCGCUUUCAUCGAGCAAUUCGAGAAGUCGGGAAAGUCAUCCAACGCUCCGGGGAAAUCUGAUGCAUUCCAAUCAGCCAUUGCCAUUCUCGACGAUCUGAUCUCUUGUCACCCAAACUACGCUUCAGCAAGGAACAAUCGGGCCCAACUCCGCCGAUGGCGAUUCGGUGACCGGCAUACUCUGUGUCAGCCCAGAGCUCGUCCUGAUAUCGAACGAAGCGCUGCAGGCGUUGCGGCGGUGGAGGAUCUCAAGUCGGCCAUCGAACUGUCAUCUCCAGCAAGACCACAGGAUGGAGUGUCGGCCACGCAGGGAAAGUUGUUAGCGCAGUCGACUACUCAACUCGCGGCGUUGUACUAUGCCGCAUUCAAGGAUCUCGACACGUCGACUGAGAUGGCGGUCACAGAGUUUGACUCCGUACAAUGGAGUUGUGAGCGAUUCGAGGAGGAGGCUUCGAAGUUAUUUUACCUGGGGGGACUGUACGGAAACGAGGUCGCCAAAGCUCUUGCGGUACAUACCAAUCCGCAUGCGAAGCUGUGUGGGAGCAUCGUGAAGGAGGCCAUGCGGAAGGAGUUGGCUGGGACUUGA